AAACAUUUCAGAGCACUAUUUAUUGUCUCAUGGUCAGCUGGUGCGCUUUCGCGCGUGUGUGAUUGAAUUUUAGUUCUCUUAUAGUUUUGACGUUUCAUUUCUGCUUGAAAAAUGGGAUUAAGACUUGCAUUAAGUGUUGUCAUUUCUGUGAUUUAUAUCUCGUUUUCAUGCGCUGAACGCAAUCCAGUUGGUCCAAGUUUCACAAUAGAGCCUCGAGAAAAAGUUCAAUUCUAUAACUCCACUGGAGCGGUAGUUUCUUGCUCAGCUAUCGGUGUUCCAAUCCCAACGGUAUCCUGGAUACGGCAAGAUGGAACACCUGUUCAAGAAGUGCCAGAACUAUUACAGAUAAGACCUGAUGCUUCUUUAGUUUUUGCCCCUUUUAGACCUGAGGAUUUCCGUCAAGAUAUCCAUUCCGCCACCUACAGAUGCACAGCAUCCAAUUCUGUUGGGAUUAUUGGCAGCAGGGACGUCAAUAUCAGAGCUGGUAUGUACACACUUUUGAUUAUUUGCUCACUCGGAUCAAUGAUGCUGAGUACCAAUCAUUCCCUAAUAGACAGAUAACAAAAUAAAUAAAAUAAUACUUUUUUCUUGAAUUUGACAUUGAUGCGUCAAAAUUAUAUUAAAAGA